GUCUCUUUCAGUUGUUCCGAACUUCAGUUGAUUCGCUCAGCGUUGUUAGCUAAAAGUUGUGGUGAAAGUGCUCUACGCGCACCGGGCAGUUUGAGACUGCUGUUGGGGCGCUAUUAUCCAACUUUCUGGAUAGAGGUUGGAUAGUUGGGGCGCUUCGUUAUCCAGCUCCUCAGACUGAUGGGAUAUGGAUUGAAAGUUUGGAAGAAUUAAUUAUUUGUGAAUUAUCAAAACUUUGUAUCAAGUUUGCGACACUCAAACUCUGGUAUUUAAUUUUUUUUAUAUUUCGUUUGAAAGGACAGUUUGUGACUGUGAAUAUUUUUUUGGUGUGAUUUCUCUUUUUGGAACUACUUUUGACUUUAAAGACGGUGCUUUUUAAUUAAUUUGAAAGAAAAAAAACUUUAAAUUCAGUGCUGAAAAGUGAACAUUCUUGGAAAAAGUUUUCGUAAAUUUAUUCUCUGUUUCUUUCCAGAUAACAUUUAACAUGGCAUAGUUAUCUGAUGUUUGAAAACUAUAGCUUAGAAACUAUUUGAGUGGAUUAAAAUAUAUAAACGGACCAUAGUGAGGAUUUUGUGUUAUCGAUAAAAAAAUUCCUAUAAUAGGAAUUCGAUUAAAACUUAAGUACUUUAAAGUUGAAUGAUUCUUAAAAGCAAGUGGAACUAAAUUUGCUUACCUAUCAAUGCAUCCGGAUAAUUCUACAAAACUUGGAGUAGAUAAUUUUAGUGAAAAACGGACAAACCAAGUUUUGUAACAACCAGAAAGUUUUGCAUUCUUUUCUUGAGUAUUUUCUCUUCCUUCGGAAUGUCUGGGCGGUAUUGAAAUUUUAUCUUGUCAGUAUAAGAAAGAUAUCCGAAUGAAGAUGCCCCAUUCAAGAACAAAACCUUUAAAAAUGUCAAAACUCCGUGCAUUUCUUCGAUUAAGUCUUCUGGUUUGCGUCCUCCAAGCAUCAAGAGCUGCAGAACCUAAAAAGCUUGCAUCAAGAGUUGUGACCACAAAGUAUGGAUCCUUGCGUGGUUAUGUGACCACACUUCCGAAUCGCCAAUGGCGUCCUGUAGAGGUUUACUUAGGGGUGCCCUAUGCUAGUCCUCCAAUAGGUUCUUUGAGAUUCAUGCCGCCUGUAACUCCAGCUCAUUGGAGAGGAGUUCGAAUGGCUGACCAGUUCAGCCCUGUUUGUCCUCAAAAGCUCCCAGAUCUCAAAAAUGAAACUGAAGCUCUGAAAAGGAUGCCAGGCGGACGAUUAGAAUAUCUCAAGAGAUUGAUUCCGUUACUACAGAACCAGAGCGAAGACUGCUUGUACCUCAACAUAUAUGCCCCAGCUUUAGCUGGAAGAGAUCCGGUGAAGUUGCCAGUUCUUGUUUUCAUCCAUGGCGAGUCUUAUGAUUGGAAUGCUGGAAAUCCUUAUGAUGGGAGUAUUCUUGCGAGCUUAGGAAAUGUGGUUGUUAUAACAAUCAACUAUAGAUUAGGAAUCUUAGGUUUCUUGCCAGCCACUGAAGGAUCUGCCAGAGGCAAUUACGGUUUGAUGGAUCAGGUAGCUGCCCUGCACUGGGUACAAGCAAACAUUGCGGAAUUCGGAGGAGAUCCAAAAAAUGUAACAAUUAUAGGUCAAGGACAUGGUGCUGCGUUUGUGAACUUGCUAAUGAUUUCACCUAUGGCACGAGGAUUAUUCCAACGAGCAAUCAUGCAGAGCGGAUCCGCCUUAAGCCCUUGGGCUAUAGCUCAUGAUGCGCUUACUUACGGCCGCCAGGUGUGCUCAACCUUAAAUUGCCCUACUACGGAAAGUGGUCCAAUGUUAGAUUGCAUGAGACAGAGGCCUCUGGCAGAUAUCAUGCGAGUCCAGGUUAUGGUUCCAGAACAUCUUUCAGCAUUUGGACCGACCGUUGAUGGCAUAGUAAUUCCUGUGGAUCCACUGACACCAAUGAAAGAAAAAGAAAGUUUAUUUGGGCAGUACGAUUUGCUUUUUGGUGUAACCAGAGCUGAGAAUUUUUACCAUUUAUCAUCAAAUGAAGAAAAAGUUGGGAUAGAUGCUAACAGAAGAGAUAGAUUGCUUCGCACUUUAGUCAGAAAUCUUUUCAACUACCACAUGCAAGAAAUAUUUCUGACUAUCGUGAACGAAUACACUGAUUGGACCCGACCUGUGCAACAUCCCAUAAGCAUUCUGGAUUCUACCUUGGAAGCAUUAGGAGACGGACUUACUGUUGCUCCUUUAAUCAGAACUGGAAAUUACCAUUCCAAAACCCAAUCCAAAACUUACUUCUAUGUGUUUGGAUACCAAACUGAGAAUGGGGAUUAUCCGCAAAGGCAUGGUGCAAUUCAUGGCGAAGAUUUAGCCUAUUUAUUCGGAGCGCCGCUGGUUGGGACUUUAUCUCAUUUCCCUCGAAAUUAUACCAAGGCUGAAAUGUCUUUAUCUGAAGCUGUUAUGUCGUACUGGAUAAACUUUGCAAAGUCUGGCGAUCCUAAUAUUACGCCUCACCAGGAAUUGGAGAGUUUAGCUACCGACAAGGCAAGAGGGCGCUUUGAAAAAUUCGCUUGGUCUCAGUAUGAAACGGUGCAUCAGAAGUACUUAUUGAUAGGAAUGAAACCAAAAAUCCGUGACCACUACAGAGCUCACCGUUUAUCAUUUUGGUUGAAUCUUAUACCGCAGCUCCACCGUCCUGGUACUGCUUCGGUAGUGCCACAGCAUCAUCUCUUAGAUGACCAUAACAACCCUCUCACUUAUGAUGGAAUAGUUAGACCUCUCGCGGAUGGUGAUGAUGCUUCUACAGGUACAUCCGGGCCAUUCUUAAGUGGACCUCAGCAGGCUUUAUCCACAGUAACUUCUGUUUCUGCCAAAAAUGCUACUUUGUCGACCUCAACGUCCACCACUGAAGCCCCCCAGAAACCUCCAAAGAAACCUUCUGGAGCCACUGCUGAAACUACAGCCGGACUGAAUGAAACUCGAUCAGUCUACAUUCAAGAAAGCUCGUAUUCUACAGCCCUAAGUGUGACGAUCGCAGUGGGCACUUCGCUACUGGUUUUAAAUAUUCUUAUCUUUGCUGGAGUUUACUAUCAGCGCGAUAAGAAUAGGAUGGAAAUGAAGCUACAGAAAAGGAAUUAUAAGGAUGGCAACGUUUAUGGAACUGAUGGGGAAGAGCCAGGUGAUGAAGAAGCCUUUCACCAUCAAACACACGGCGACAGCGAUAAAGACAGUAAUAUUGAUAGGGAUAAGUACAAUCUCUGGGAAUUUGAAGUCCGACGAGCUGGCGAACGAGAAACCAUCGUGAUACCGAAUCAGAGCAAACCCAGUGCUGCCAGUGCUUCUUCUCCCAUGGCUAUUUGUCCUCCAGGAUUGCCCCCAGAUUACACGCAUCAUCAUCAUCAGAUCAUCCAUCCCACACAACAAGGGGUGCGCAUGCUUCCCCCAAAGGUACCCCCGAAACCCGUCAUGGUACCACCUGCAGCUUCAGAUAACGCCAUGCCAGAGGCUCAACCGUUGCUGCCACAUUGUGGUAUACAGAAGCAAAAUCCGGCUCCUCCUCAACAAACUCAGGAGAUGCCGGUAUGAAUGGAUCAAGUUUCCAUUUUGGAGAGAUGGCGAGAAAGCAACCUUUCUCACUGAGUCAGUCAUCCGACGUCAUUAGCAGAAUCUUGUGGCGGUUGUCGAUUGUUUACAUAUUCCUUGAUAUUACAUUUAAAGUGUAUAUGAUAUGCUUCACCAAACAACCAGACGUUCACAACGUGGUAUUCUUGGUGGAAUAAGUAUAUUAAGUGUUUAAUGGUGUGCUUUUUUUUUCAGGGCCGUCACCUGAGAUUUCUGGAAAAUUUUUUUUAGUUCUGUGGAUCAUUGAAUUUACAUUUUGGUAAAUGUGGAUGUUUUUGUAUAAUGUGAAGAUGUAUUUCUUCGGAAGAUGAGUAAAAAAUGAGACUUAGUGCAACUAAGAGAAAUUGAAACGAAAUAUUGUGAUCUGCGAGUUCUAACGAAAUAUUUAAAAUGCGCUGUUUCGGAAAAAAUGUGCAGUAACACUUUGUAUUAAAUAUUGUCUCGAAUAAAUCGUUUACGACUUAAAGCCAGUUACAAGAUGACUGCGAAAUUCGUUUAUGGGAAGUGUUCGAUAUUCAUAUAAGUUGUAGCUCAAUAGAUUGUUGGAAUAACCUAAUGGUGCUUUUUUUAAUUCAUAAAAAAUAGGCUCAAAACUUGGCAUGAAAAUAUAUGAAAUUAAUAUUUAAAAGCAUAAAAUUUGGAAAUAAACUAUUUAGUUCAAUUAGGUGGCAAAAAAGUAAAAGAUUAGUACCAGUUUACAAUAAAAAAAUUAUUCAAAAAUUGGAAGAAUUAUCAAAAAGACAUUAAUUAUGUAACACAGUGAAUACGUAUAAUUGCAUGUAAGUAUAAUAAGAGCAUAUCACGUUAUUUUUUCACCAAACUUUUGAAAACACAAUUUAAUUUUAUAAUUCUGUUUUGCUUUUAAAUGAACUUACCGCUAGAGUGCUCCCAAGAGCAUAGAACAGUUGAGGCAAAUUAUGAAUUAUUUAUGUGUUAUUUUGCGCUUUAAAAAUAAACGUUAUGCGUGCUUUUACUACCUGCUUUCAUGCCCAUUUUUCACUUUUUUAUGUUCAUUUAUCUUCAUUCAUUAUUUUUUUACUAUUAAAUUAUAACAAAGAAAAAAAAUGAUAUCUGACUAAUUUGCAGAUAUUCAUUUUCUUUAAUAUUCGAGUUCAAUCGUAAAUGACUUUUUUAUUAAUUUAUUUCAUUAAUAUGAGCCAAACUUACUCUACUAUAAAAAACAUGAGGCAUGAUGUUCAGAGAUAAUACAUAAGGUUUCACGUUUUCUUUAAAAAAUUGAGCUUUACGCAAUUUAUAAUUUUUUUUAAAUUCGAACAACCGAAAAAGAAUUUUAAUAAUAUUAUGUAAAUCUUUCUGAGGCAAAUGAUUAGAAGAAAUCUUUGCUCAGAUUUAAUUUUAAUUUUGGCCAUGAAUGAUUUUAAUUGCUAUAUUUAUUGAUGAUAUUAUAUUUUUAUUUUCAUUACAUGCUCGGCUCAACAUCAAGAAAUUUGGCUUUAAGCCAUUAUUACGAACAACAUAUAUAAUUUCAGAAUUUAGUAAUAAACAUCAAAUAGAUAUUUUUCACUUAAGGGGACGGUUGACUCUGUAAGACAUUUUUAUUAAUUAUUCACUUAGGAUUAUGAAAUUUUUAUGCAUAUUUAUUAAAAUAUAAGUAACUCAAAUUUCUUUUAAAAUUUUAAAACGAAAUAUAUUAUUUUUUAAACAAUUAGAAUAUAUAUAAUUUUAAAAAAGUUCAAAAUA